AUGGCAGUUUUACCAUUUUUGACAUACAAAAUUUUACCAAGUCAAACUAUUAUUAGAGAAAAUAUUCGUCUUGGUCAUGUAAAAGAAGAUAUUGAUGCUUUAAUACAUGCACUUACUCCUAUAUUAUUCAUUACAAAAUCAGGAGUACCUAGACCACUUUUUCUUGAUCCAGGCGUUGUACAACAUUUGAUAGAUAAACCAGCUACAUUAAAUUUAUUACAACUUUUUGGUUGGGUUCCAAAUAAUCGAGGUGAUUAUGUAUUUGUUAAUGCUAAUUCACCAGAAGAAACAAAUCAACGUGAGAAAAUAGCAAAUGAAUUUCGUCAAUUUUACGAUGAAUUAAAAAAGAUUAAAGGUCAAGAUAUUAGCUCGGUAGAAAAUUCUCAUACAAUCAUAACAACAAGACCAUUCUCAUCCUAUCAUAUAAUACCGGCUGAAACAAUUAUUAGAGAUAAUAUUCGCGUAGGAAGUAUAAAAGAAGAUCUUGAUUCUCUGUUCCGUGCACUUACUCCGAUAGUAUAUCUUACUAAGCCAGGUGUACCUAAACCACCUUUUCUUGAUCCUAGUAUUAUUCAACAAUUAGCCGAUAAACCUGGAACAUUGAAUUUAUUACCACUUUUUGGUUGUACUUUAAAUAAUCGUGGUGAUUAUAUUUUUGUUGAUGCAAAUAGAUCAGAAGAUAGUGCCUUACGUGAAGCAGCUGGAAAUGAAUUUCGUCAAUUUUAUGAUGAAUUAAAAAAAAUUAAGAAUGGUAGUAGUAUUGUUAUGGAAUAUUUUCUUAACCAUCCAAAUAAUAACUUUUCUCAAGUUGAUACAUGUUUGGGUGCACAACAAAUGGUUGAUAUCUUAACAACUAAAAAUCUAUCACUUGAAGAUCAAGCUCGAGAAUUACAAGAUACAGUUGAUAAUCUUUUUCAUGAAGUAUUCAAUAUUUUUUCUAAUCUCAAUUCUCGAUUUGCUGCUAUUGUUAAUAACAUGCCACUUAUGCCUGUUUAUUUGGGUCUAAAUGCAAUGAGUAUAACAGUAACUGAAUUCUAUUACACACAUUUAUCACAAUCAAACAUAUGUCAUCGUCUUAUUUCAUUAUGUAUUUCAAAUGAAUUUGCUUUUGAUAAUGGAUUAUGGUUAGCAUCACAUGUAUCUACAUUCAACAAUCUUCGUCAUUUAUCCUUAAUCGACAUUAAACGUUCUUCUUUCGAAUUGAUUAUUAAUGCAUUCUCACCCAAUACUCCUCUCAUCAUGUUUGCAAUACGAUUUUCAACUUACUCUCAUGCUGCUUAUACGUUUGUAGGUAUUCCUGAAGGUGCAUAUUAUGAACAAAUCUUUCACUUAUUUCCUUUUUUACGUGUAUGUGAUCUACGUUUCUGGCGAUGCAUAUACGACACUCUAGACAAUCAAAUAGUUCUACCAUUUGAUGAAGUUUUCAUGCCAAUUGAAACAAGCCUUUUUAACUUACAAUCAAUUGUAAUUCGAGAAUGUUCACCAGCCUUUCUGUUACAUUUACUUGAACAUCUUCCACAAUUGCAAGAUCUCAGCUUUGGUCUAACUACUCCUUGGCUACCUGAUAAACAUCCACUAAUGAAUGGUGUUAACAAGUAA